AUGUCAGCACCUGCCUAUGGUCUUUCUAAGUGCAGGUACAAGUCAACUGUGAAAGUUGCAACAUUCGACACCAUGAUUCCAAGGCGUCCCUCCUACAGUCCAAUCCAAUCACAAGUGAGAAAGAAAAUCACAAGAGACGACGACAACCUGAAAGAAAAAUCAUCUAGCAGCAGCAAUAACAGAGUCACUGAUGUUUUGAGAUUGAUGGAUAGCAUGCAUUUUCCUGUACCGGCCGAUAUGUAUGCUUCCCUACUGAAAGAAUGCACCGACUUGAAGGACAUAGUUGGUGGUGCUGAAGUGCAUGCUCACAUGAACAACCAUACUACUAGUACUUAUGCAAGCCAACAACAUUCAUUACCACCUCCGCCGCCGCGUCGACUAUUAUUAGCUACCCGUUUAUUACUCAUGUACGCAUCCUGUGGUCAUUUGGAUUCUGCCCGUCAAGUGUUUGACAAAAUGACCACCAAAGACCCCAUGUCUUGGUUGAUUAUGAUUGCUGCUCAUGUAGACCACAACUCUCCAGAAGAAGCACUCCAUCUGUUCACCCAAAUGACUAUGCAACAACCACGACAACGAUACCAGAAUUUAAGAUUAAUCAACAUGAGCAUUCCAUCGGUUCUGAGGGCGUGCAUCCACACUGAAGACUUUGGGCUUGGGAAGCAAGUUCAUGGCUUGGUAUUUAAGUUAGGGCAGACGGAGGAUCUUAUCACGUGUACUUCCUUUAUUGACCUUUAUGCGAAAUUCAGACGCCUAGACGACUCACAACGCGUCUUUGAUCAAGUAUUACCUCGUCUUCGUGACACUGUGACAUGGACAUCACUGAUGGUUGCAUACUGUAAAGCAGGAUAUUUUGAGGUGGUCAUUGAGCUGUUUAAGAAGAUGAGCAGAGAAGGUGUGAAGAAGAAUGGUUUUACAAUCUCAACUGUUCUAUGUGCGUGUGGGAGGUUUAGUAGAGGAGCUGAGAAGAAUGAGGAUGAUAGGGGACUGUGUGGUAAGCAGGUGCAUGCCAACGCCAUCAAACUUGGAGUGGUGGAAUCGCAUCUCUAUGUGCAGUGUAGUUUGGUGGACAUGUAUGGAAAAUGUGGUCUGAUGAAAGAUUCACGAAUGGCGUUUGAUUGGAGAGAAUGUAGCAGUGAUGUUUGUUGGAGCGCAAUGGUUAACACUUACAUGCAACAUGGGUCAUACAAAGAAGCCAUCAAGCUAUUGUAUUUGAUGAAGAACAUAGGCAUUGAACCUCCGGAAUCGAUUCUCACUUCACUUAGAAUAGCAUGUGCUGGGAGUUGA